AUGGACAAGAAAACAGGAAAUCCGCAAAUGCAAAAAAUCUGGUCCAUGGCAAGAUACAUGUGCAUUUCUAAAUUUGUGAAUUGGAAAUAUACAGUAAGGCCAGUUUCAUCGGUGAGUCAACCACAGGAAUCACAUUUGCGAACAGUCUUCAGAACCAAUGUAGAUGAUCCA